AUGACCUUAGAAAGGUUGAGAGAAACAUCUAUGGAACGCCUACUAAAAAGACAAGCUGCCGAUGUAUACUCUAAUUAGAUUUAUGAAAAAAAUAAUCAAGCUAGCCUGGUCGCUUGAAAAACUUACCGAGAAGAAGUCCGACGAAAACUAGUAUCAACAACCUCGCCUAAAAAAGAAUUAUUCUUUGACUUUCAACCUUAUAAAGGAGAAACUGUAAAAUCAGCUGAUUUUAGUUUUUUGGAAGACUCAGAAAAUGAUGUGAGUGCUUACAAGGUGAAAUUAAAUAAAUAUAGGAGCUUAAUUUCCAAUGCAAAAGUAUCAAGAACUCAUGGAGCAAACUUAAAAAAUGAAUUUGAUAAAUCUUUAUAUAUGAAAAAGAGAAAAAAAAGAAUUUAAAAUUUAUUUUAAAAAAAUAUAUAAAAAUGGUAUAAUAUUUUUAGGACACUUUCACCCACAACUCGAAACUCCUCUAAAGCCCAAAUUUCUGAAUCCAAAAGAAGUGAAUCCUCUGAUUUUUUCCCUAAAAAACCCUCACAAAAUCAAACCCGAUCUCCUAUUUGUGAGAUUAUUCCUUUAGAACAGCUAAAAUCUUUUGAAAGAUGUAUAGCUAAAAGUGGACUUCAAGAAGUAAAUAGAGAGUAUUUAGAAAGGUUGAAGUCUGUAGCUCAUUUAAUACUUGAUAAGCUUAAUCGUUUAAGAUACAGUGGAUUGAAUUAA